AGAUACAGAGAGGAAGACAGGGAGGAGUGAGGCACUGGAACACAGACAUCCAGGUGGAGUGAAGACAAAGCAGUGCGGCUGUAUCCCGUGCACACUGUGGCCAUCACUCGGGAGCCGUGGAGCCCCUGGAAGAAGCGAAGAACGGAGAAAGAGACACAAACAGAAAGAGAGAGACAGCAGGAGAGAGAGAGAGAGAGAGGAGGGAGAGAUGGCAGAGGCCCCAAAGAUUGAACUCUUCAUUAAGGCCAGUGAUGACGGCGAGAGUGUGGGAAACUGUCCUUUUUGUCAGAGACUCUUCAUGAUUCUCUGGUUGAAAGGGGCCAACUUCACACUCACGACUGUGGACAUGAAGAGGGCUCCUGAGGUGCUCAAGGACUUGGCUCCCGGCUCUCAGCCUCCAUUCCUCAUCUGCAACGGUGAGGUCCGCACAGACACCAACAAGAUUGAGGAGUUCUUGGAGGAGACAUUAGCCCCGCCACAGUAUCCAAAACUGUGCUGUCGAUACAAAGAGUCAAACGGUGCUGGAGAUGACAUCUUCCAUAAAUUCUCUGCAUAUAUCAAGAAUGGCAACCCUGGACUUAAUGACAUGCUAGAGAAGAAGUUUCUUAAAACCCUGAUAAAACUGGACAGAUACCUACUGACCCCUCUCCCGCAUGAGCUGGACCAGAACCCGGAUGCCAACGAGUCUUCACGCCAAUACCUGGACGGCAACUCGCUCACCUUGGCAGACUGCAACCUGCUGCCCAAACUCAACAUAGUCAAGGUGGUGUGUAAGAAGUACCGCGACUUUGCAAUUCCUCCGGCACUAAAAGGCCUGACACAGUACCUGGAUAAGGCCUACCAGCAAGACGAGUUCCGCUACACCUGCCCCAAUGACUCAGAGAUCCUCCUGGCCUACCACUCUGUGGCCAAGUACCUUACCAAAUAAACAGAGGGCGAGAGAUAAAGCAAAAACAAGGCGAUAGAAGAGCAGAACAAGCACUGUAUGCAAAAGACAAACGAUAAUGUUUCAGUAUCACAGGAAAGUGAUUUCGAUUUUAUCUGUAUCAGAAUUGUUUGAACAUGCUUAAUGAAAAUGAUUUGUCCUCUGAUUUGCUUCAUGCUGCCUUUGUAUUGUUGUGUUCAUGAAUUGGGUUCUGAUACUGUACAAACAGCAGACAAGCCACUGCUUCAAAGUUGCUUCAGAUUUUUAUAUGUAGAUGUACUGCAGCACCUUGUAAUUGUUCUGAUGUGGAUUUCUUAUUGCACAAUUAUAAGCACUGUAUAUACCAGCAAAGAUUUCUGUUAUGUAAUCGCAUGGUAUACAUUUAUUGUGUAUGUAUAAGCUGAGGUAAAGUGCUUUGAAAUCUUUGGAAACCAGUUUUGAAUUAAUAUAUGUUAACUACAGGCAACACAAACAGCUUCAGCUAUGGAAUAGUUCUGAUGCAGAGACAAUGACUAUGUGAAAUUAUACUUAUCUCUAUUUUUAUGGUGAGUUUUCACACCAACAAAAAACAUUAAGCUCUGUAGAAAAUGAUUUAUCAUCACCCAGUUUUAAAUUGUCCAUCACACUCAACCCUCUUAAUAUUUUCAUUUGUUCUGUAAAGUAAUCAAAUAUAAAUGGCAGACGUUCCGACAAAGUUUUGGUAUGAAUAUUUGUCAUGAGGCAGUAUGCUCAAUAAAUGUCUGUAAUGUAAAUGUAAGUAAAUGUGGUUGGUGUUAUAUGCUCAGUACUUAGUAAGCAAAUCGAGACAAGAGCAGAGGCCAUAGACAGUGGAAAGAGGAAACAAAAAGAAGGAACAGGAAGGGAAAGAAACAGUUAAAGGUUAAAAAAAAAGGUUUAAAAAAUAGUGUGAUUAGGUCAUUA